AUGUACUCGAGACAUCAUUAUCAUGGCAGAGAUUUUCUUGGUACAAGAUUACGAAGGUAUAAUGAAACUCAUCGUUCAACAGGCGUUGGAUCCCGACAGUUUUCAUCUAUGCGACUUUAUCGAAUAGUUGGUCAUCCAUUUUCUAUUGAUAAAAAAUUUACCAUAUAUGAAAACGGUAACGAACAGUAUCUGGUCCGUGGCGGUAGACUAUUUGGUGGCAUUAAUAACCUAAUACUAGAAGAUCGCCUUGGUACUCCCUUGAUUAGCAUUCAAAAGGAAUCCGGACACUUCUUGCACCCAACAUAUCAGUUAUUGUCGAAUGAUGGCCGUGAAAUAGCAAGAAUAAGACAAUCUCCUGGAGGGCUUAAUUUUGAAAUUGACACUGUUUAUGGACCUCAUGACAUUACGAUAUUGUCGCGAGAACCAAAAUAUUUUUCCAUAUGGAAUGCCCACCACCAAAACAUUGGCAGCUGGAAAGGGACUGGAGCAGAAUUAGCAGCAAAUCAAGAUCAACCAUUUAUGUUAGCAUUGCUUGUUGUAAUUCAUCAUCUUAUACCGUCUCCUCCAAGUAACAUUCAUUAA